AUGACACAAGCGUCGCUCCGGCCACCGAACCUCCAACCCCGCCCGAAGGCAGUCCCUACCUUCAGCAGCACCUCAAUAGGAGCAAUCUCCCGUUCCACAACACCUCAACUCUCUCGCCCAUCUUCCCAAAGUCGGCAUGUGUCUCCAGUACGGUAUACUACAACCACAGAUGUAUCAGACCGCGCAACGACCACUCUGAUACGCAGGGUACUUUGCCCACAAGCUCUUAGCGGCACGGAGAAAGAGCGACCAAUUGACGAAUUCUUACCACCUUUGACUAGCAGCAAUGAGGUCGAUCUUCAAUUGUACGCUAUUAUUGCUAUCAUAGUGAAAGAUCUGGUGCAGAGCUGGUAUGGCAAGAUUACACCCGAUCAGACUUUUGUUGAGGAAGUCGUCAAGAUCAUUGCACAUUGCACAAGAGCUCUAGAGAGCAGGAUACGUCUUGUCGAUAUCGAGAAUCUGAUCUUGGACGAGAUACCAACUUUAGUGGAUAGGCACAUACAAGCAUUUCGCGUGAGCUACGAUGAUGCCCAAUCGCAAGGCCCAUCAACGAUUUCCAGAACCAUCUAUCACAACCUUAUACCGCACCCAGCGCUUACCCCCAUUCCCAACCCUGCCGUACCAGGCUCCUUUGAGGAGCAAGCGAGAAACGAGUCAAACUAUCGACAGCUACUGGCGCAGGGUGCACUGGCCAUUUUGCUUCCGACGGAGGAUCUAGAAAAUGCCUGUCUCCGGACUCUGGUCGCAGACGUGAUUGCAGAGCCUAUUCUUGGCAUUUCGAUCGGCGGUAAGGUAUGCGAAAGCUGGCUCAUUUGGAGCAGCGUCACCAAGCUCGUGGAUACGGUCAAAGGGAAGGCGAAAGCAGCAGCUACCGAUGGAGGGAUUGACGUCGACACCCGAAGCCGGCUGCAAAAGUUUGGACUUCUGUCCGAGAAAGAGGAGAAGACGGCACGAAGCAGCGAGGAUGGACGAUCGUGGUUUUCGUGCCACUUCUGGCGUGUUCUCUUCUGGCGCAUUCUGCAGUAUAUCUAUCUGGCCGUCUUUGUCACACGAUCCAUCGUCGCCGGCCUCUGGGCCGCAAGCUCAGAGCCUCCACGGUCUUCUACCUUGCCGAAGAGCCCAAGGUCGGCGAGCAGGUCGCCGCAUGGGAUGUCCUUCCAAACCCACGUCGAGCCACGGCCUAUCUUGCGACUCGCGAUCUUCCCGCUGCUCUCCACAAUCGUCGACCUACCGCAUCGAAUGCCUUGGCUGGCUGGAGGUCUGGCUUUAUUACGACAUCAUCUGAGCCUGGGAUCGCUCCGCGUUAUUGGAGGUACGGACGCGAUAUUUGACCAGUAA